AUGGUUCUCUUCCGGCCUGCGCUGCUUGCCCUGGCAGCGUGCGUUUGCACGUGUGUCUCGUCUGAGCCCGCCCUCGUUGCUCGUUACAACCCCCGGAAGAUAUGGGUCACCGUCGACGCCAACGGUGAUGCACGGACAAUCACCCCAUCAGUCUCGGGAACCAAGACCGUAUCCGGGGCUCCCGAGUAUGUCACGCAGACUUCGGUCUACGCCCUGACGACCGCGGACGGGAUGGUCCAGACGACCACGGACAUAGCUCCCGUGGCGACCGCGACGGCGAGCUCCGGGGCCGGCGCCUUCUUCCAGUGCCGCAACUACCACGGCUCCGAUGCCCCGUUCUGUCAGCCCCGACGGGGAGGUGUGCUGAGGCCAGGGAACACAUACUAUGUCACUUGGGACGCAGUACAGUUCGCGCGCGACGACGCUGUGGUUUCUAUCCAGGUUCGAUACUCCGACUACGGCGGAUUCAUAGCAGACAGGAAUGUCACAGCGCGGACUGGCUACUACGUCUGGAACAUUGACGAGGACCUUCUCUCGCAAAACGGCCGCGGCGGAAGGGACCUGAAUGCGACGCUAGGUCUCAUCGAGUACCAGACCUCAGAAGACGGCUCAGAUGUAUAUGUCAUUGGGCCCGAUGUCGUUAUCAGCAACUCAGCCCCGUCGUACAACGCCUCGCCGGAGAACAGCUUCGAGAACCAUGGCAGGACCGUGGCGAUUGCAGUCUCAGUCACAAUCUCAGCCGUGUUACUCGCACUUGUGACAUUCGUGAUCUGGAGCUGGAAGCGGCAUGGCCAUGUCUUUGGGAUUGGUGGCCCGAAGAAUAGACGAGAUUCUCACAGGACGAAUUCAAUGUCAAACUUUGGCUGGCCCGAGGACAAGAACCGUGAGGUGGAGCUGACGGAUCGCGAGAGCUGGGGUCCUACACCGAACAAGAACGUGUUCAGGGCCGAGAUCCAGAGACAGGAAAUGCAGCGCGGGUAUUAG